GCGAAGUACCGAGGCCAUGAGCCACCGCGUCGCCUCCUGACGUGGUGACGUUUCCGCGUUUUCGCGUUAUCGCGUCUUCGCGUUUAUCGCUGGCUGGGCUGUAAGCGAUCGGAAUCAUUUUCUCGUAUACAUCUUUUAUCCCGAGGCUAGAAAAUCGGGGUGAGCUCUAUCCAGUGAUCGUUUGCCUACCCCCGCAGUCUGCACAGUUCGCAUUCAUGCGUUUCGUAAUCUCCGAACUCUGACCCGAACCCGACGUUCUCGAUAGCCGUAAGCAGGAAGCUGUCCCUGAGGAAUCGUGAAACAUAUAAAGCUACGUCGAGGAACGAUUGUUUGAAAAAAAACCAAAAAAAAAAAAUUAAAACUUGAGUGAGUGCUGCAAGAAGGCUUCGAAUUCCCUUCCCGGCCGUUUCUGUAUCCUUUAUUUAUUCAUAUUCAUAUCUGUCGUUAUCCUGCCUCCGCAAACGUUUGACAUACAGUCGAGGGGUUCCAAAAUACUGAGCACCCUUCCACCUCUUUGCCCCCAUUUCGUUCCUUCCUUUCCCCGCCACUCAAGUCGAUAGAGAGAACGCCGCGUUAUUACGCGCGGUACACUGAGUACAUGUUAUAAACACAAAUUCUAAGCACAAUAAUAUUAUAGAACAGCAUUAUCGGUUUCGGCUCAGUGAAACGCCGCGGCUAAAUCCUGCAGGAUCUAAAAACAACCAACCCACUUCACGAUGAAACACAGUGACAAAAACUGACCAGAGAUGACGAGUCCGUGAUAUCGGGACAAUUAAUGAUGGACAUGCCGAUAGAGAGUGGAAUAAAUGGCGUCAAAGUCGACGCUGAGCAUGUUUCGUUGUAAAUUAAUCACAUUACAUUCGUUAUGUAAAUCCGUAGUGAGUUAAACCGGGUACCAGUGCCCUUCUUUCAAAAGUACGUCAGUGGUUUUUCUAAACUAAGAUCGACGACUACCGAAGGGCUUAUCAGUGGGAUGUAAAUAGUUAUAGUGGUAAAUAACUGUACUUGGAGUCCGGACUAUGAUAAUUCGGACAAUAGAUUGAUUCCACUCGCCGCUUCAUGUAUACGUCGGACAUGAAAAAUCUUGCUACGCGUUGGACGGGCCCCUACACACUUCGCACUGCCGCCCUGACCGCCGCUGCAUCAGCAAAGGAGAACCUCGGGUGCAGUUGCAUCUUCGUGACCAAAAGCCGGAGUCCGAGGAGUCCGGUAGCGUUGCAACCGCCUCCCCCAUCCGUCCGUUCCCACGAAAGCAGCCCGUUUGCCUUCGCGUCUAGAAGAAGCUCCAUCCCCAGGAGGCAGCUGAGUAUCGGCUACCCCCGACCUCAUCCUCGACUACUGCGUCGCAGUUCACUAGUCUCCAGCAAACGUCGCGUCAGCCUCGAAAAUUGUUAGCACCAAUCGUCAGAACGGUGGCUCAGUCGGGUGCAGCUUAGACAAUGUCCGAAGACUCUGACUCCAUAUCAGAGGAAGAACGCAGCUUGUUCCGUCCGUUUACACGGGAAUCUCUGGCAGCAAUCGAGGCUCGUAUCGCCGAAGAAUAUGCCAAGCAGAAAGAGCUCGAGAAGAAGCGUGCCGAGGGCGAGGGAGGUUUUGGCCGGAAGAAAAAGAAAAAAGAAGUACGAUACGACGACGAAGACGAAGAUGAGGGACCUCAGCCGGACCCGAUGUUGGAGCAAGGUGCGCCCAUCCCGGUGCGACUACACAGCGAAUUCCCUCCGGAACUUGCUUCCACUCCUCUUGAGGAUAUUGACAGCUUCUACCAUAAUCAGAGGACGUUCGUGGUCGUCAGCAAAGGCAAGGACAUAUUCAGGUUUUCGGCGACGGAUGCGCUGUGGAUCUUGGAUCCCUUCAAUCCAAUCAGACGGGUGGCCAUCUACAUUUUGGUCCACCCGUUGUUCUCCCUUUUCAUCAUCACCACAAUUCUGGUUAACUGCAUACUCAUGAUCAUGCCCACAACGCCCACCAUCGAGUCAACCGAAGUGAUAUUUACGGGCAUCUACACAUUUGAGUCCGCCGUUAAGGUGAUGGCGAGGGGUUUCAUUCUGCAGCCUUUUACCUAUCUUAGAGAUGCAUGGAAUUGGCUCGACUUCGUAGUAAUAGCUUUAGCUUAUGUGACCAUGGGCAUAGAUCUAGGAAACCUUGCUGCUCUGAGGACAUUUCGAGUCCUUCGAGCCUUGAAGACUGUCGCUAUUGUACCAGGUCUGAAAACGAUCGUCGGUGCCGUCAUAGAAUCCGUUAAAAAUCUGAGGGACGUAAUAAUCCUCACCAUGUUCUCGUUGUCCGUAUUUGCGCUGAUGGGUCUACAGAUAUACAUGGGUGUUCUUACCCAAAAGUGUAUAAAAAAUUUCCCGGAGGAUGGCUCGUGGGGCAAUCUUACCGAUGAGAAUUGGGAACGAUUCGUCAGUAACGAGACAAAUUGGUACGUGGACGAAGGUGGGAACAUGCCCUUGUGUGGCAAUUCAUCUGGAGCUGGGAUGUGCGAUCCCGGUUACACCUGUUUGCAAGGGUAUGGCUCGAAUCCCAACUACGGAUACACCAGCUUCGACACCUUCGGCUGGGCGUUACUCUCCGCUUUUCGUCUGAUGACGCAAGACUACUGGGAAAACCUUUACCAGCUCGUUCUGAGGUCAGCCGGACCGUGGCACAUGCUCUUCUUUAUCGUUAUCAUUUUCCUUGGUUCGUUUUAUCUCGUCAACUUGAUCCUCGCCAUCGUCGCCAUGUCGUACGACGAGUUACAGAAGAAAGCCGAGGAGGAAGAGGCUGCCGAGGAGGAAGCGAUCAGGGAAGCUGAGGAGGCGGCACUGGCGAAAGAAUCCAAACUUGCAGCUCAUGCUGCAGCAAGAGAAGCAGCGGCGGCAGCUGCGGCUGCGGAUCAGAUAGUCAAAUCACCAUCCGACUUCUCUUGCCACAGUUACGAGCUGUUUGUUGGACAAGAAAAAGGCAACGACGACAACAACAAGGAGAGAAUGAGCAUACGUUCCGUUGAGUCGGUGAGCGAACACAGAGUGAAGCCACCCAACAACAAUCACAGCAGUGCCUCGAACAAAGUCCGAAAAGUCAGUGCCGCUAGCCUCAGUCUACCAGGGUCUCCCUUCAAUCUGAGAAGAGGAAGCCGAGGGAGUCAUCAGUUCACGAUACGAAACGGCCGAGGAAGAUUCGUCGGUCCUCCAGGCGGGGACCGGAAGCCCCUCGUUCUUUCGACGUACCUCGACGCCCAGGAACAUCUGCCCUACGCCGAUGACUCGAACGCCGUAACGCCGAUGUCCGAAGAAAAUGGCACCAUCGUUGUUCCCGUCUACUACGCAAGCCUCGGCUCCCGACACUCGUCCUACACGUCGCACGCCUCCAGGUUAUCCUACACCUCCCACGGGGAUCUUCUCGGGGGUAUCGCUGGCGCCGGGAAGCCGAUGACCAAGGAAAGCCGUCUCAGGAGUAGGUCGGCCAGGCCUCCUUCGGGGAACGGUCACGUUAAUGACCAGAACCAUAAACACUUUUACGAGGGAGACAUGGAAGAUCCAAUGGGAAAAGUAAAGCAACAGGACAAUCCGUUUAUCGAACCCUCUCAACAGCACGCCGUUGUCGAUAUGAAAGAUGUUAUGGUUCUGAGCGAUAUCAUAGAACAGGCUGCGGGACGGCAGAGCAAAGCUUCGGAUCAUGGAGAGGACGACGAAGAAGGUCCUGCAUUCAAGGAAAAAUUAUUGGCUCUAUGCCUUCGUGGCAUAGACAUAUUUUGUGUCUGGGAUUGCUGUUGGGUUUGGCUAAAGUUUCAAGAGUUUGUCGCACUGGUCGUCUUCGAUCCUUUCGUGGAGCUUUUCAUCACGCUCUGUAUCGUAGUCAACACACUCUUCAUGGCCUUGGAUCAUCACGCCAUGGACCCGGAUAUGGACAGGGUACUGAAGUCCGGAAACUACUUCUUCACAACCACCUUUGGCAUCGAAGCAACCAUGAAGCUGAUCGCGAUGAGCCCCAAGUAUUACUUUCAGGAAGGGUGGAACAUUUUCGACUUUAUCAUCGUGGCCUUGUCGCUGUUGGAGUUGGGUCUCGAGGGCGUUCAAGGAUUGUCGGUGUUGCGUUCCUUCCGACUGCUGAGAGUCUUCAAGCUGGCAAAGUCUUGGCCUACGUUGAAUCUGCUUAUCUCCAUCAUGGGCAGAACGGUGGGUGCCUUGGGUAACCUGACCUUUGUCUUGUGCAUUAUCAUCUUCAUAUUCGCCGUGAUGGGCAUGCAAUUGUUCGGUAAAAAUUACACCGACAACGUCGACCGAUUCCCGGACGGAGAUCUUCCUCGAUGGAACUUCACCGACUUCAUGCACUCCUUCAUGAUCGUAUUUCGCGUGCUUUGCGGAGAAUGGAUCGAGUCUAUGUGGGAUUGUAUGCUGGUUGGAGACGUAUCCUGUAUACCUUUCUUCCUGGCGACGGUGGUCAUUGGUAACUUGGUCGUUCUCAACCUCUUCUUGGCCUUGCUCUUGAGCAACUUUGGUUCGUCGAAUCUAUCGGCACCUACGGCAGACAACGAUACGAAUAAAAUCGCUGAAGCUAUCGACAGGAUAGCACGAUUCAUACAAUGGGUGAAGAGAAGUCUGUUUAACCUGUUUAAAAUGAUGCGAGCCAAGUUCACCAAUCAGAUAUCCGAUCAGGCGCCAGAUGGAAUCGAUCGCGAUGGAGAUUUAGAUCUAGCGGAUGGUGAGCUAGAUGGCUACAGAGAUAAGAAAAAUGCUAAAGAUCUUAACAAUCAACUAGAAGUGGCUAUUGGCGACGGCAUGGAAUUCACCAUCCAUGGAGACCUGAAAAACAAAUUGAAAAAGGGAAAACUGUGUAUGAACAAUACGAAGGCGAUCGGUAACUCAAUAAAUCAUCACGACAAUAGAAUGGAACACGAGUACCUGAAUCAUCACGAGGAAGACACGAUAAGUCAUAAAUCGUACGGUAGUCACAAUAAUCGUCCGUUCAAGGACGAGAGUCACAAAGGAAGUGUCGAUUCGUUAGACGGCGAAGAGAAGAAAGACGCGAGCAAGGAAGAUCUCGAUCAGGAAGAUCUAGAGGAAGACGGUGAAGAAGGCGAAGAGGAGCUGCACGGAAUUAUCCGGACUGACGAGGAGAUAAUCGAAGCCGACUAUCCUGCUGACUGCUGCCCGGAUAAUUGUUACAAAAAGUUUCCGUUCCUGGCGGGUGAUGACGACGCUCCUUUCUGGCAAGGAUGGGCCAAUUUGCGGCUGAAGACUUUCCAAUUGAUAGAAAACAAGUAUUUCGAGACGGCCGUUAUCACGAUGAUUCUGCUCAGCAGUUUGGCUCUGGCGUUGGAAGACGUCCAUCUUUCGUCCAGACCGAUUCUUCAGGAUAUACUGUACUACAUGGAUCGAAUAUUCACCGUAAUUUUCUUCAUCGAGAUGUUGAUAAAAUGGCUCGCUCUGGGAUUCAAAAAGUACUUCACUAACGCGUGGUGCUGGCUUGAUUUCAUCAUCGUCAUGGUCUCCCUCAUUAACUUCGUAGCGUCGCUCUGUGGCGCAGGGGGAAUUCAAGCCUUCAAAACAAUGCGGACCCUAAGAGCCCUAAGACCGCUCAGGGCGAUGUCUAGAAUGCAGGGGAUGCGGGUGGUUGUAAACGCUCUGGUGCAAGCAAUUCCGUCUAUCUUCAACGUGUUGCUGGUGUGCCUGAUAUUCUGGUUGAUUUUCGCCAUAAUGGGGGUUCAGCUAUUUGCUGGAAAGUACUUCAAGUGCGUGGAUGCGAACAAAACGACGCUGAGCCACGAGAUAAUACCAGACAGAAAUGCUUGUAUAGCUGAAAAUUACACCUGGGAAAAUUCGCCGAUGAAUUUUGACCACGUCGGUAAAGCUUACCUGUGCCUUUUCCAAGUGGCAACGUUCAAGGGAUGGAUACAGAUAAUGAACGAUGCGAUCGACUCGAGAGACGUGAAUAAACAACCGAUUCGCGAGACAAACAUCUACAUGUAUCUCUACUUUGUCUUCUUUAUUAUAUUCGGGUCAUUCUUCACUCUGAAUUUGUUUAUCGGAGUUAUCAUCGACAACUUUAACGAGCAGAAGAAGAAGGCCGGCGGGUCGUUGGAAAUGUUCAUGACCGAGGAUCAGAAGAAGUAUUACAACGCCAUGAAGAAAAUGGGAAGCAAAAAACCACUCAAGGCUAUACCACGACCUAGGUGGAGACCUCAAGCGAUAGUGUUUGAAAUAGUGACGGACAAGAAGUUUGAUAUGAUAAUCAUGUUGUUCAUCGGACUGAACAUGUUGACAAUGACACUGGAUCAUUACCAGCAAAGCAAAACAUUCAGUGAUGUGCUGGAUUAUCUAAACAUGAUAUUCAUAGUGAUAUUCACCAGCGAGUGUCUGAUGAAGAUAUUCGCCCUUCGUUACCACUAUUUCAAGGAGCCGUGGAACCUGUUUGAUUUUGUUGUCGUUAUAUUAUCAAUAUUAGGUCUGGUACUCAGCGACAUAAUCGAAAAGUAUUUCGUCUCACCGACGUUACUUCGUGUCGUUCGAGUGGCAAAAGUUGGUCGAGUACUUCGUUUGGUCAAGGGAGCCAAGGGCAUAAGAACGCUGCUCUUCGCACUUGCCAUGUCUCUACCGGCGCUCUUCAACAUCUGUUUACUCCUCUUCCUGGUGAUGUUCAUCUUCGCCAUAUUCGGAAUGUCCUUCUUCAUGCACGUCAAGGACAAGAGCGGCCUCGACGACGUCUACAACUUCAAGACGUUCACGCAGUCGAUGAUACUGCUGUUCCAGAUGUCUACCUCGGCCGGUUGGGACGGGGUUCUGGACGGUAUAAUAAACGAGGAGGACUGCCAGGAGCCAAACAACGAGAUCGGUUACCCCGGCAAUUGCGGCUCGUCGACGAUAGGAAUAGCGUACCUCCUCUCGUACCUGGUGAUAAGUUUCCUGAUCGUGAUAAACAUGUACAUCGCCGUUAUCCUCGAGAACUACUCCCAAGCGACGGAGGACGUGCAGGAGGGUCUGACCGACGACGACUACGACAUGUACUACGAGAUAUGGCAGCAGUUCGACCCCGACGGUACCCAGUACAUAAGAUACGAGCAGCUCUCUGACUUCUUGGACGUGCUAGAGCCGCCGUUGCAGAUACACAAGCCGAACAAGUACAAGAUUGUGUCGAUGGAUAUCCCCAUAUGUAAGGGCGACCUUAUGUUUUGCGUGGACAUUCUCGAUGCACUCACAAAGGACUUCUUCGCGAGAAAGGGCAAUCCUAUCGAGGAGACGACCGAGCUCGGCGAGGUGCAAGCAAGACCGGACGAGGCGGGCUACGAGCCCGUCUCUUCGACCUUGUGGCGUCAGCGUGAAGAGUACUGCGCUCGGCUGAUCCAGAACGCCUGGCGCAAGCACAAACAGCAAAGGCUCGGGGGGCCGAGCGAGGAGAGCGACGACCCGGACACCGACCCCCGGGGGCGGCAGACGGCUGUCCUCGUGGAGAGCGACGGCUUCGUAACGAAGAACGGGCAUCGGGUCGUCAUCCACAGCCGUUCGCCCAGCGUCACAUCGCGCACGGCGGAUGUCUGAUCGCGGCCGCGUCCUCCUCCCAAUUAUUAAUUAACACUAAUGAAUAACACCUCACACGCGUUAUAUUUAUACUAUUUAACAGCCUUAUAGAUGUAUAAACAUAUACAUGUACACAGCCACACACGCUCGCAUUACACGCGCCAACCCACACACACACACACACACACACAAAUAUAUCUAUAUAUAUAUAUACACACAUACACAGAUAUAUGUAUAUGUACAUGUAAAGAAAGAGAAAGAAAAGAAAAAAAGUUCAUAAGCAUAUUAUCGAUAACUGAAGAAGUGAAAAAAGAAACAAAAAACGAUAUUCAAACGAAGGGAAAAAUAAUUGAAAUAAAGAAAAUAAAGUAAAAAAUUAAUCCUCCAACUAGUUGCCUUUAAUCGUCUGCAUCGGCCGUCGUCUGCUGCCGUUUGAUGAAUCGUUCAGAUAUUAUAUAUAUAUAUAUAAUAUAUAUGUAUAUUUAUAUAUGUGUAUAUAUAUAUUAUGUAUUACACGCAUGAUACCGCGAGCGAUAUAGAGGAUAUUGGAUGAUUCAAUAGUGGGAAAAGAAUCGCGCGCCGAUCGAUCGGCGAGAAUCUAUCGGAUAAUGUGAUCACGCGAAUGGGAGAAUCGCAACGACGUCCGGAGGUUUUGGAACAACUUCCGAUCGACUUCUUCGUUCGUUUCUCGCUUCGCCGUUGAGCCAGCUAAUUGAUACAACCGAGGAUGACUGACGUUGCGAUUCCUUUUAUAAAUAAUUUGGACUAUCAGCAAAUUGCAUAAACUUCCCCGAAAGGAAUCGUGACCCUGCGUUCUCAUUGGCCAAAGUGCAUCGUCGAUUUUCUCUCGCCGUUUGAUUCGGGGCGUACAUGAAUUAUUAUACGCCCGGUGCCGCAAUUAUACGUUGUCAAAAGGAUUGUUGCCAACGUCUAACAACAAACGUAACAAUGGCCUCCUCCCUCCCGCUGCAGACGAAAAUAAAAAAAAAAAAAAGAAAAAAAGAAUGAGAAUAUUAAAAAUAAAAAUAAAAAUAAAUAAAUAAAUAAGAGAAGAAACAGAGACCCGUUCAUAAUGAUCUACAAGCGCUCGCUAUCGCUUGCGAUGAAAUAAUCAACGUACUUGAUAACAAAUGAUGUUAAACCCUGUGUAAUAUUCGCCUGACUUAGAGCCUUAAAUUGUAACUGCGGAGUGUCGAAAAAUAUUAAUUGCAGACAGUGAUGCGCCGACCGGAGUAAAUUACCCAGUCGAAAGUUGAGGGAUCACGAUAUGUAUCCCAUUUCCCGAUAGUGCAACUCAAUUUGGUACAUAUGCAGCGGCGUUACAAGGGUUAUUUCUAUCCGACCGAAUGAUAUCCCACUUCAUUAAACAGCCUAUUAUUAUAACACACUGCAGCGUUUCGGCUUUUUUUCUAAUUGCACUCGUACAUAUAAAUUUACUCGCAUAUACACUUCUUCUAUAUACACAUAUUAUAUCGUCGUUCAUUUUCCAAAUUCUUAUCUCUCGUUGGUUAUUUUUUUUUAUUUAACUUUUUUUUGUCUUCUUAUUGUUAUCGAUUCUAUUUUUCAUUUGCGUGUGUGAGUGGAAAGACAAGCGUGACGGUGAUGAUGAUAAUAAUAAUAAUAAUGGUAAUAAUAGUAAUAAUAAUAACAGUAAUGAUAAUGAUGAUAAAAACGAGAAGACCGAGGAACUGAUUAAUUCGUGAGUGAGUGUGUCACAGGGAGAAGAUAUAAAGAAGAUGUGAUGUACAGAGCCGGAAAAGAUGACAAGGACAAUGGGAGGGGGUGCGAAUUUGACGCGCCGAACGAACGUUGGAACAAUGAAAAAUCAAAGUGCGGACUGAAGGAGGUGUUUGGAGGACGCUGGAUGUGGUGCGACAGGAUAUUAGUAAAUUGACGAGUAUAAGGAUAAAUGAAUAAAUAAUAAUAAAAACAAUAAUAAUAACAUUGUCACCGUUCGCGUGAUGUGGGUGCGAUUACGCCCCCACAAUGGGGGGAUGACGUGAGGAUGCCGCAAGUUAAAUAACUAUUUACACGUUUACAAAAUAAAUUGAUUAAACAAGAAAAAAAAAAAACCAAACUAGAAAAAAAAGCAUACAAAAAAUUAACAAAUAAAAAUACGAUGAAAUACAAAACACACACUAAAACACGUUGUAGGUGGCUUCAGAAUAAAAUACAAUAAUGUUAAUUAAAAUUAAAAAAAAAGAAUAUAAAAAAAAAAUUAUUAUUAUUAUAUAACCAAUAACAAUCGCCUGCAUAUAAAUAAAUUAUUAAAUACGAAACAAAACCAAAAAAAAAAAGAAAACGAAAAAAAAAUUAUUAUUAUUAUUAUUAUAUACGAGAAAAAGCUUAUUUGUUAUAUAAUUGAAGAAGCUUAGAAAUAAUGAGAGACAGGGAAAUUGAGAGAAAAAAAUGUUAGUGAGAAUAUAUUGUGUGAAAAAAGAUAUAGAAAGACAGAUAUAUAUUAUAUAUAUAUAUAAGGAUAUUGUUUGGAAUGAAAACACAUCGUAAAGUAAUAAUAUAGUAAUUGUCGAUGUAAGAAGGUAACAUGAAAGGGAAUUAAUAGCGACAAAGACACAAAGAGAGAGCUGUAAGAGGGACAUUUAUUGUAUUAAAAUUAACUUUCAUUAUAGUCACGUAUAAAAAAAAAAAAAAAAUACUAAAGCGAGUAACCGACACAAAUUUUUAAGAGUACGAAAUAACUUAAACGACUCAUUCAAAUCGACAUCAUUUAAAUUAUAAUUAAUUAUACAUUAAUAAUACAUUAAUAAUACAUAAAUACACACACACACACACACACAGAAAUUCUCUCGUAUAAAUAUAAAUUUGUAUGUAAAAGUGUCCCAUUAUAUGCGACAGACGACAAGAUUCGCUGCGUGUCCCGAAAAUAUAUGACGAGAUGAGAAGAUGAGAAGUAGCUGAAAGAAGAUUCGGGCGAAGAGAAGAAGAGAAAACAAUGAAAAAUCAAAAAUUAAAACAUACAAAAAGUUGCGAGGCACACCGAAAACUACCGGGGGAAAUUUUUAUUUUAAACUUAAAUCGUACUGUAAUAAUUGCACGAGUUGGACCUUUGUAUUUACACGCAUAAGUAUUUCGAGGUGGUCCAUGUGUACGGUUGCACAUGCCUAUCCAGGUGCGCAGAGGAAAAACUGAAACCCACACACACAGUGACACACAAGCGGAAGGGCCGCGGACGAGAGCUUGGUUCCCGUAGUUAGUGUAGCCCUGUUUUCCCGCAGGACCACACUCUUCACGUCCGAAGUAUCCGUUCUCGGUCAGGACUGCCCUCGCCUGCGGCCCAGCAUCCUGCAGGACCUGCUGGAAUAGUGGAGCAUGUAGAGAGAGGAGAAGUAUUGUUACACACACAUACACAGACACACACAUACACACACACACACACGCAGAAGCGCAUAGGCAUAGGAGAAAAAAAAGCCUCGUUGAAAGCCCCAGCAGCAAAUCGACGGCUGUUGUUGUUGAUUUUAAGAGAGAAAAAAAGCAGAGCGUGAAGCUGAAAAAUUUGUUUAACGAUAAGCUCGAAUGAGUCGCGCUCUGGAGGACGAGGCAAAUUAUACUUACAUUCAUGGUUUCUUAAUGUCGCAAUUUAAAGUGAUCCUGCAGGUAGAAAUGCGCGAGUUGAGGCGCAGGAUAUUUGUUUACAGCCUCAGCGAGGCGUGUUGAAUGACGAUUGAAUAGGAGAAAAAGGAAAAAACGCGAAGUGACAACCGAGUAUGAUGGGUUUGAGAUAUUACGAGUUUCGAAUGGUUUAAGCAAAAAUGUUCAUUAAUUUAAGCUAUAGAAAGCUCAAAAAAAGGUAUCAUUGUAAAUUACUCGUACAAACUACUAAUUACUACUAUUGGUGUCGAGUCCGCUUGUCCGUAUGUCAAAGUGUUUUAAGCAAAGCCUGCGGUGAUUUAAUAAAGUAACCACGUACCUAUUGCAUAUGAGGAAAAUGUAAUUAACGUCAAAGGGAUGGAAUAAAAUGCGGAGGCAGGGGAAAUAUGGGAAAAUUAAAUAUAGUAAGUUUUCUAUACACCGUAUAGAUUCGGGUACUUUCGUCAUCUUGCGUCAAAUUUUCAUCGCUUCUUUCAAUGGGUUGCAUCACGCGUUCUUUUCGUACUCGAUUAUUGAACGUUGCAUCAAUGACUUAUUGAUAAUGAUAUAUAAUAUGCAUUUAGGCGUGGAUCUGAAAAUUCGUCCGUUGGAGGUGAGGCCGCACUCGCAUCAUUUGUCGGUCCUAUUAAAUUCUUCGCUAAAAUUUCUCACAAGACGAGAAUUUGUCUCACCAGCUCCGCGUCAGUUAAAGAAUCAGCUAAAAAGAAGUGAAAGUGUCACAGUGGCAAAGUAGCUUGAUUCAAGCUAGAGAAAAAUUCAAAGCAGCGAACAAACAUUGUUUGAAAAAUAAUUCACGAUUGCACGAAUCGCUAACAUAAUAUUCUCGUCGCUUGGUGCGUCAAUAAAGUAUAGAGUCUUCAUAUUUGCGUUUGAUUUUUAAAAAUGUACGGCGCCUUCCGUCGCAUUCAACGCAAUUGUACACCGAGAGUCGCCGACCUCCGACGAACGAAAUAAUCGCGAUCGGCUUCACUUCUGGGCGAGUGCUUUAAAUUGGAAGAAAAAUAAAAUAAAGAAACAGCCAAUUACCUUAGAUUUAAAUGAAUUCUUGUAAUUUGUGCAAAUAAUUCGAUAACCGAGAUGAAUGAAAGCGUUGUAAUUUUCACAGUACCUAUCUCUUUUAUGUCCGGUUACCGUUCCAUCCAUAUUCUAGCAUUCAACUUUGUAAAAUCGUCUAUGACUCCUAGUAGCGAGUCUCCACGAGUAACGAGCAAUAAAAUUAUGCCCGCCGCGUACUCCCUGCAUAUAAUUCUGAGCUGCCGCGGAUCCCAUCGCAUCGCUAUGCGUACAAUGCUGACGCAAACCUUCAACUAUCGCGAAAUAAAUAUUUGGAAAAAAUCGUUUAAAAAGAUGUAGCAAGUAUACCUUCUUGCACGGGUACAACGGAGUGAUACGCAAUGUAUCGCGAUACGAUACAUUGCGAGUUCAGACUCGAAAACUACGGUGAAAAAAAAAAAACACAAAAAUCAGCGCGUGAAAAUAUACGUCACAUAUUAUUAUGAUGUCCGAGGCAUUUCGGCCUUAAAAGGCAAUUUUUGGGUUCACGGGGCGAAAUUUGUUAUAUAAAUACAUGUGUCAUAUUUAACGGGAUGACCGAACUAUAAUAACGGUUAAAUAUUAAUUAAUAUGGCUGCCACGACUGCUGCUGAACUUUCCACAAUUUUAAGCACCGUUCCAUUUUUUAUAUAUUUCACUAAAGUAUUUCGAUCAAAUUUUUUGCGUGUCAUAAUGAACUACGAUGUGAUGUUUUCAAGGGCUUUAAAUGUAAGUGUCAUUAUAAAAAAAAAUUCGGCAAAAUAAUAAUGAUAACGAUAAUAAUAUUAAUAGUAGUAGUAGUAGUAGGAGUAGUAGUAGUAGUAAUAGUGGUAAUAGUAAUAACAAUAAUAACAAUAAUAAUAAUAAUAAUCACAAAAAAAUAAUACUAAUAGUAAUAAUAAUAAUAAAAAUAAAAAUAAUCGCAACAACAAGAACAACAAGAAAAAAUAUGAAUAGCGAAGUUACGUUUAACAGAGAUAAUAGAUGGAGGAAAAAGUGAAAAAUCAAAUAAAUGAGGUCGAAUACAUGAAAAUAAAAGGAUCGCGUAUAAAGCUGACUCGAGAGAAAGAAUAUUAAGCCCUACGUUGGAGCCAAGACUUCCCCAGUUUUCCAAUGUUCGUGUUCACCAUCGUGGGCAAUGAAUAUUAAUAUUUUCUUUCUUGAAUCGCAUUAUCAUGAAUACUUAUAUAAGGACGAUACAGAAUAUGCGUAAAUGAGGCUAUCGUUAAUGCAUAGUGUCGCUUCAUCUCGGUAUUAGAAACUUGUGGUAACAUCGAUUGGGGGAAGUUUGCGUGUAUAAAAGUUAAAUAAAUUUUUUAACUCACGUUGCCUUUUACGCGACGAUAUAUAUUGUACAUUGUAAGAUAUAGUUACAUACAUAUAUACAUAUACACAUAUAUACAUAUAUGUAUAUAUGCAUAUGUAUUACCCCCUUCUACCCGCCCCCGCCACCUCCCCCGACCACCAAAACCCCUCCCCUUAAAAAUAUAUUGCUCGGGAGCAAGUAUUGAUUGCACCGUCGUACACUUCCCCUGGCAAUGUUACUACAAUAAUAAUAAUAAUAACAAUAACAAUAACAACAGUAACAACAACAAUAAUAAUAAUAAUACUAAUAAUAACAAUAAUAAUAAUAAUAAUGCCCAAAAGUUGUGCGAUGUAAAAUAUAAAGUAUAUAAUAUAUUGUAAACCGCAAUGCAGAAUGAAAAGUAACAAAAUUAUUCCUUAUUACGAUACGAGUAGUAAGGGCUUCGUAGGUGCUCAAUAAGAAAAAGCUAAAAAAAAAAGAAAAAAAAAAAGAAUAAUAAAUUAAAGCAAAGAAAAACUUGGACCUUUUUCGAUUU